CAUGUAGGGCAACUUUGUGCCAGUGGGUGUAACUUUGCUCCACUAGCUUCUUUUGUUUUAAAAGACAGUUAACAAUAUCUCUUUAUUCUGUGGAGAGAAAUUUUUUUUGUAAACAUUUCUGAAAUUUCACUUUUCCUGUCAAGUUGGCAGUAGUGCAGACAAGUCCUCUCAUCUAUAUUAAGAUAUGUUUGAAUUCAACUGUGAUUUUUAGUUGAUUUUGACUGUUGUUUUAAAGUUGUCAGUGUUUUUAGGGUGAUGGUCAAGGAGACACCUCUUAAAAAGCACCAUCUGUUUCACAGUUAACACUUUAAUGAAGACUGUACAAUGUCUGAGCUGAGGAAAAAGAAGUUACCUGGUACCAGGCCAUAUAAAUCAUAUACUGAUGCUGUUCUACAGCAGGUAUUAGAGGAUAUCAAAGCAGGUAAAAUUGGUCAUCGCCAAGCAGAAAGAGAGUAUGGUAUACCAAGGAACACAAUUCGCAACAAGUUAAAGCGAUGCCACGAAAAAGCAAUAGGCAGGCCUCAGGCGUUUACCGAGAUAGAAGAGCAGAGUUUUGUAAACCAUGUUAUAACAUGCAGUGAAUUUGGAAUGCCUUUAUCAAUGUGUGAUGUGCGCUUUAUCGUAAAAGGUUACUUAGAUUCAACAAACACUAAAGUGCCUCAGUUUAAAAACAAUUUACCAGGCGUGGAUUGGGGUAGACUGUUUCUAAAGCGUCACAAAGCUGAGUUAGGUCAAAGGUUCGCAAGUAAUAUCUCAAGAUCCCGGGCUCAAGUCAGUGAAGACAUGGUAAAACAUUUCUUUGUGCAUUUAGAAAAAGAAAUUGAGGGUGUACUACCUUGUAACAUUUAUAACUAUGACGAGACAGGUUUCCAUGAUGUGCCUAGUAAGAAAAAACUUCUUUUUCGACGAGGGUCGCGCCACCCUGAACUGAUUUUGAAUAGCACAAAGUCUUGUUUUACCACAAUGUUUUGUGGAAAUGCCUUAGGAGAAUUUCUUCCUCCUUAUGUUAUCCUGAAAGGGAAACAGAAAUGGAGUGACUGGCUGAAGGGUGCUCCACCAGGCACUAGGUUAAAUGUAACACUUCAUGGGUGGAUUGAUCAGGAUGUCUUCGACGAUUGGUUUGAGAACCACUUCCUUCCUUUUGCUUUGAAACAUCCAGGCAAGAAAGUGUUAAUCGGAGACAACAUGUCAGCACACUUGACUUUGAAAACCUUAAAGUUAUGUACUGAAAACAAUAUAUCUUUCGUCAUGCUUAUUCCCAAUUCCACUCAUUUACUCCAACCUCUAGAUGUGGCAUAUUUUUCGUCGCUAAAGUCUAAUUGGAGGAAAAUCCUGUAUGAUUGGAGACAAACCAGAGAAGGAAAACGUUGUGUUGCCCUUCCAAAAUCACUUUUUUGUCAGCUUCUAAAGUUUACACUAGAUAUGGGUGAACCAACUGCAUCAAGUAACCUAGUGAAAGGGUUUUUAACAACUGGUAUCCAUCCCAUAGAUAAAGAUAAGGUUAUCCAAAAAUUGCCGCAAUAUGCUAAAGAAGCAUUGCAGAUAACUGACAAUGUAGGUGAAUGUUUCAAAUCAUUCAUAUCAGAAGUGCGUUCUUCUGAUCUGGAUAAGGUUCAACGAUCAAGAAAGUUUAAACUACCUAUUGAACCUGGCAGGAGUGUAUCAGUAGAAGAAGUAGAAACUUUCUAUGACAAAAAAAUUCUGUGUGCGCGCUCAGGACCAAAAACUAGAGGUGGUGUUCGGAAGUUUCCAGGACGAUGUAAGGUUAUCAAACCAAAUAGGCCUAGGGAAGGCGAGCACAUUCCAUGUACUAGUACUUCAGAAAGUCGGGACGUAGUUGACGUUUGUGUGUCAUCAACAAUACAUGCUGGCCCUACUAUGUUACUUGAAGAUUGUACCAGUGAACAUGCUAGCCCUACUGUGUUGAUGGAAGAUAGUACCUGUGAACAUGCUAGCCCUACUGUGUUGAUGGAAGAUAGUACCUGUGAAUAUGCUAGCCCUACUGUAUUGAUUGAAGAUUGUACCAGUGACACUAUAAUCACAACCAGUACUGUAGUCAUUAAUCGCACAGAUGGUUAUAAGGUUAAUGACUAUGUAAUUGUAGUGUAUGAUGGCCAUACUUUUCCUGGUACAGUAACAUGUAUAGCUGAAGAAGAAAAUGAACUUUUGUACAAAGUCAAAUGCAUGGCUACAUCUGGUGGAUACUGGCGCUGGCCAGAUCAUCCAGAUGAAAUUUUUUACAGAGCUUGUGAUGUUAUUUGUAAGAUACCUCCUUGUAACAUUGAACCUGUCAGUGGCCGAGGACAUUUUAAAAUUAAUGAACCUCUCCUAUUGUCAAAAGUGGUUUUAAAAAUAUGAAAAGCUGUUCCAACAUGUUGCAUGUACUGUACAGUAUGCAAUAACCAAUUAAGUCAUGUCAGAUGUUAUAAAAUAGCAGACUUUGACAAAUAGAGAUAUUGUAACACAUUAUGUGUGAUGGUUUUAUUUUAACAUCUUCAUUUAACCCUACAAAAUUUAUUUCUAUUAAUAAACAGAUCUAGAAAAUACAUUUUCACUUUUUGUAUCAUCACUGUUGAACGAAAAUUAUGGUAAAACUUGACAAAA